GAAGGCCGGAAACCCAUGGUAGACCUAUGAAUGCCUGGUUAUAUGGAGAGAAUCAAUAUAUAAUUAAUUGCCUACUGGUGUUGGCGUUGGAGCAUAGCUGCGGCGGUUGUCAGUUGUCCUGUAGUAUCCCCAUCAUCCAGCAGGUGGCAGCGCGGUCACAUCAGCCUCUUAUGGCGUCGCUCGCUAUCCUGCAGCACCUCUAUGGUGAGGUGACGUCGCUGCACAGAUGUCCGGCACGCCGGAGCCGGGCAAGGUACAGAUGGCUGAUCCGGAACCCGCAGCCGGCACGGAGGCCAAGAGCCCGGUCUGCAGUUUCCUUUUUAAGAAAAGCAGCAGAAAAUUCGCCGGCAGGAAACGCAGAGGAGAGGAGAGGGACAAAACAAAGUGUCAAGGAGGCAACUGACUACAAAGCGAGUAGCAGUGAUGAGGAGGAGGCUUCAUCAAAGUCCAUAACGGUGUCUUAUAAAUCCACCCGAUCUGCGAAAGCUGUAGGCCCAGACGACAUGGGAGCCACAGCCACAUAUGAGCUCGAUACAGAAAAGGACAAGGAUGCUCAGGCAAUUUUUGAAAGGAGCCAGAAAGUACAAGAGGAGAUUAAGGGAAAGGAGGAUGAUAAAAUCUAUCGUGGAAUGCACAAUUACCAGAAGUUUGUUAAACCUAAAGACACAUCACUAGGGAACGCCUCUUCUGGCAUGGUGAGGAAAGGUCCAAUUAGGGCUCCAGAACAUCUUAGGGCCACAGUGCGGUGGGACUACCAACCAGAUAUUUGCAAGGAUUACAAGGAGACUGGAUUUUGUGGUUUUGGGGACAGCUGUAAAUUCCUCCAUGACCGCUCUGACUACAAACAUGGCUGGCAGCUGGAGCGAGAGCUAGAAGAGGGUCGUUAUGGUGCCAAUGAUGAAGAGAAUUAUGAGGUGAGCAGCGAUGAGGAAAGCCUGCCCUUUAAAUGUUUUAUUUGCAGAGAUUUCUUCAAGAACCCAAUCAUUACAAAGUGUAAACAUUAUUUUUGUGAGAGCUGUGCCCUGCAGCAUUAUCGUAAAUCCAAACGGUGUUAUGUCUGCAACACACAAACAAAUGGAGUGUUUAACCCAGCUAAAGACUUGAUUACAAAGAUGGAGAAAUACAAGGCCAAGCAGAAUGAAAGUGAUUCGCCUGAAGAAGAGGGUUAGCAACAAAAUAUUCCUGAACAUUUUAUUUAACUCAAUAAAGCCUUUAUAUACAAA